CCACCCCCUCCUGCUGUAACCCCCUCCUGCUGUAACCCCUCCUGCUGUCACCCAUCCUGCUGCCACCCCUCCUGCUGCCACCCCUCCUGCUGCCACCCCUGCUGCCACCCCUCCUGCUGUAACCCCUCCUGCUGCCACCCCUCCUGCUGUAACCCCCUGCUGAUCUGCAACCCCUCCUGCUGUAACCCCCCUCCUGCUGUAACUCCCUCCUGCUGCCACCCCUCCUGCUGUAACUCCCUCCUGCUGCCACCCCUCCUGCUGUAA